GUUCAAAGCCUAGUAUGCGUCGAAGGCCUAACCUAUAAAUUUGACGCUGCACCGCUCACGAAACCCGCUAGCUGGCUCAUCAAGGGUCCCCACCAACUAAUACAGCAGCUAACGCUAAACCCCGCGUCGCCGAUCUCAUCGCCCAAAGGACUAGGCGCGUCUUCAUUCAACUUCAGAGCGCGUUAAGCGAAACCGUCGUGAGGCAAGCAUGUGAUGCAAGCAUGUGAAGGAUGCCGCCGCCACUGCUUGACCCAGCGACAUCGUCGCCUCUCUCGUCGCCGGAUUCCUUCAUCACGGCCGAAGCGUCGCCCCCAAACCCUCUGGAUAUCACAGUGACAGACAUCGAUGCGCCCGACAACGAUGCGCCCAGGAGAGAGUAUUACAGCGCGAGGCAGCUGCCGCCAGAGUUGAAACAGCACUGUCAAAUCUACCUUGAGGAGAACUUACACAUACUCGCUCUGAGGGUGCUGGGUAGACUACAAUCUUCGAGUAGCGCGUUGCUCCCACCAGGUACGCGAUGGACGCCUCGAAGGCAGGAGAGCAGCGACCACGUCUAUUGCCCGGCUCCGAACGUGCUGGCUUUUCUGAGCACAUUGACUGUACACCCAGACCUGACGACACGGCCCCGCGAGGACCAUUGGAGUGACGUAUCGUCUGCAGCGCUCGACUACUUGCGCAACAUUCUCAACACUGUCGGUCCUGUCAACGCCCGACUCCACGAAGCCUUUCGAUUUGGGCAAGCAACGCGACGAUCCCCCAGCGGGGACAGCGACGACUUUGUGGCUGACGUCGGAGGGGAGGCACAGCUGUAUGGCAGAUACGGAAAACAUGGGGUCUGGAGGCGCGGGCAUGACUUCUUCAACGUCGUUGGUUGGGCCCUCAACUGCAGCGUCUUGUAUCCUAAUCGCUGGGAGUACUGGCGCCAGUGGCUUGACUUCAUGCUCGAAGUCAUUGAGAAGGAUCUCGACGAGCGCAAAGAGAUGGAUGAACAGGGGCAUUUCCGGGCAGGCGGCGAAGAAGGCGAAUGCAAAUAUUCAUCGCUCAGUACUUCCAUUCUAGCCGGCUAUCUCAACCAGCGGAACGGUAGAACUGGAGGCUUGAAGUGGGUCAUCAAGGUCAUAUUUGCCGAUGGUCAAGGUUCGGCGUCUUCACUAUUUCAGGAGAUAUGGGAUAAGGAACACAAGGGAAGAUCGAGAAACAAGGCUUUCAAGAAGCGGAAGCGAAAGAUCAACAUUGAGAAGGGGGACUUUGGCGAGCUGCUCGACGACGACUCGGUCUAUUCAUCUCAGAAUUCCGAGCCCCCGACACCUCAAAAGCGAAAGACUUAUUCCAACAGGAACGAGUCCCCGGCUCUGGAAGCAUCGUAUGUCGAGUCUAUAGCCUUGCGUCAACGACUAUUCGCCGCCCUGUCUUACUUAUGCCACUUCCUGCCGGCUCCGCCCAUCGAUCUACCAGACUUGUACGAAUCUUACGAGACGCAAAUUCGAUCUCUACCACUAUCCCUCUUCACAGCUUUUAUCGACUCAACGACUUCAUCCCUGCGGCUGGACAGCCAGAUCUCCGUCCUCCAGGACGUGCUGAUCCAUUUUAUGCCUUCCUCAGCGGUCAAUCCCUCUAAAGUAGACCGUGAGAUCUACGAUGCUAAUGGCACCAGCCCUGCUAUCCUUGAGCGUUGCUUCCUUCCCUACGCCGCAAAUACGAUCGCGACCGAGGACAACGCCAAGGUUAGCGUGCUUCUUGAGGAGCUUGUCAAGCUGGUUUGGAUGGAAGGCACAGCCCAAUUUAGCGAUGGUUUCUACGAUGCAGUCGCGAAAGGCAUCAAAGCGCGCGAAGCAAAAAUCAAGAAAAAGGUUGCCGGUACGAGGGGAAAGCGCAAUGGCUAUGCUCAAGAGGACCCGGACACAGAAGCUCGAACGGUUCUGCAAGAAAGCUCGAGCAGGCUUCGGCAGCUGGUAGAGCUCAUCUCAGAAGAGGCCAGUGGAGAGGACGCGGAAACGGAUGAGCCGGAAAAGGCGGACAAAACAUAUUGCCUGUGUCGGCAGAUCGAGCAUGGUGAUAUGGUUGCUUGCGACAACCCGAACUGUUCGUACGGGUGGUUUCACUGGAAGUGUAUUGGUCUCAAGAGUGAGCCGAAAGGCCGCUGGCUCUGUCCACAAUGUCGCCAACAUGAAAGUGAUGAGAUGGAUGAGGGUAUGCUCUGAACUGUUCCCCAUUGUCUACAUGAUUCGAAGCUAAUGCAUGCGGCAGACACCACUGAGGUAUCGUACAUGACAGCACGAAGUUCAUAGGAUGGACAAUCGGAGUUGAAAGACUGUAUCUAUGUGAAGGUGACGUGAUACGGCGAGCAAGUGUCCCCGGCGAGGAAGCGACACA